CCGGGGAACAGAGAAGCGGGCAGCGCUCCGCCGCCGCGGCCCACGGGCGGUUACUCCAUCUUAUACCCCCCCUCGCCCCCUCCAACGGGGCUCCGUCGCCGUCCCCGCCUUCCCUCCCUCCUUUUGCGGGAGGAGGGGCGCGGGGGACGCCCCCUCCGCGCUCCUCGACGCUCCCCCCCCCGGCCCCGAGGGAGCCCCGGCCGUUGCCAGGCCCCGCUUUGAGGUUUUGUAGUGCUUCCUGAGCAUGAGUUCAGAAUGAAGCGGCGAUUGGAUGAGCAGGAGUCACCCGUGUAUGCGUCGCAGCAGAGACGUAUCACCAGCAGCACAGAAGCUUUCCAGCACCAGCACCGCGUGCUUGCCCCAGCCCCGCCGGUCUAUGAGGCAGUUUCGGAGACCAUGCAGUCUGCCACAGGCAUCCAGUACUCGGUAACCCCCAGCUACCAGGUGUCGGCGGUGCCACAGAGUUCGGGCAGCCACGGGCCGGCCCUCGCAGCCGUCCACAGUGGCCACCACCACGGCGCGCCGGUGCAGCCCCAUGGGAGCCAGGUGGUGCCAGGCCACGCGCACCCCACCCCACCAGCUGUGCCCGUGCAGGGCCAGCAGCAGUUCCAGAGGCUCAAGGUGGAGGAUGCAUUGUCUUAUCUUGACCAGGUGAAGCUGCAGUUCGGUAGCCAGCCCCAGGUCUACAAUGACUUCUUGGAUAUUAUGAAGGAAUUUAAAUCUCAAAGUAUUGACACUCCAGGAGUGAUCAGCCGCGUAUCACAGCUCUUCAAGGGCCACCCAGACUUGAUCAUGGGUUUCAACACCUUCCUGCCACCUGGUUACAAGAUUGAGGUGCAGACGAAUGACAUGGUGAAUGUGACAACACCGGGGCAGGUUCACCAGAUCCCUACUCACGGCUUGCAGCCCCAGCCGCAGCCCCAGCAGCAGCAUCCGUCACAGCCUUCAGCUCAAUCAACCCCAACACCAGCACAGCCGGCGCCGCAGCCACCUCCUGCCAAACUCAGUAAGCCAUCGCAGUUGCAGGCACACAAUCCUGCCAGCCAGCAAACUCCCCCAAUUCCACCAUAUGCAUCACCACGCUCACCACCGGUCCAACCUCAUACGCCCGUGACAAUCUCUCUGGGAACCACACCGUCCCUGCAGAACAAUCAGCCCGUUGAGUUUAAUCAUGCCAUCAACUAUGUCAACAAGAUCAAGAAUCGCUUCCAGGGACAGCCAGAUAUCUACAAAGCCUUCCUGGAGAUCCUCCACACAUAUCAGAAGGAGCAGCGUAACGCCAAGGAGGCAGGAGGCAACUACACGCCGGCUCUGACGGAGCAGGAGGUGUACGCGCAGGUGGCUCGCCUCUUCAAGAACCAGGAGGAUCUGCUCUCAGAGUUUGGGCAGUUCCUGCCUGAUGCCAACAGCUCUGUGCUGUUGAGUAAGACAACUGCAGAGAAAGUGGAAUCGGUAAGAAAUGAUCACGGUGGCACAGUGAAGAAGCCACAGCUCAACAACAAACAGCAAAGACCCAACCAGAAUGGCUGUCAAAUCCGACGGCACUCGGGAACCGGAGCAACCCCUCCAGUGAAGAAGAAACCGAAGCUGCUGGGGUUAAAAGACCAGUCUUUGGCAGAAGCCAGCAAACAUGGUGUGGGGACAGAAUCUCUCUUCUUUGAGAAGGUCCGCAAAGCUCUGCGUAGCACGGAAGCAUACGAAAACUUCCUUCGCUGUUUGGUUAUUUUCAACCAGGAGGUGAUCUCUCGGGCUGAGCUCGUGCAGCUCGUUUCUCCGUUCCUGGGGAAGUUCCCAGAGUUGUUCACUUGGUUUAAAAACUUCCUGGGAUACAAAGAAUCUGUUCACAUGGAGACAUAUCCGAAGGAACGGGCCACUGAGGGGAUCGCCAUGGAGAUAGACUAUGCCUCCUGUAAAAGACUGGGCUCCAGCUACCGAGCCUUACCCAAGAGCUACCAGCAACCCAAGUGCACGGGGCGGACUCCGCUGUGUAAAGAGGUUUUGAAUGACACCUGGGUCUCCUUCCCGUCCUGGUCCGAAGACUCCACGUUUGUGAGCUCCAAGAAAACACAGUAUGAGGAGCACAUCUACAGGUGUGAGGAUGAGCGUUUCGAGCUGGAUGUUGUCUUGGAGACCAACCUGGCAACGAUCCGCGUCCUCGAGGCAAUCCAAAAGAAACUCUCGCGCUUGUCUGCUGAGGAGCAGGCUAAAUUCCGGCUGGACAACACUCUGGGUGGCACUUCGGAGGUGAUCCACCGCAAGGCUCUCCAGAGGAUAUAUGCAGACAAAGCAGCCGACAUCAUCGAUGGACUUCGGAAGAACCCAUCCGUGGCUGUUCCCAUUGUUCUGAAAAGGUUAAAGAUGAAAGAGGAAGAGUGGCGAGAAGCGCAGAGAGGAUUUAAUAAAGUCUGGCGAGAGCAGAAUGAGAAGUAUUACCUGAAAUCCUUGGACCACCAGGGCAUCAACUUCAAGCAGAAUGAUACCAAGGUGCUGAGGUCAAAGAGUCUCCUCAAUGAGAUUGAAAGCAUCUAUGAUGAGAGGCAAGAGCAGGCUUCAGAAGACAACGCUGGGGUCCCCACAGGCCCACACCUAUCACUAGCCUACGAAGACAAGCAGAUCCUGGAAGAUGCUGCCUCUCUCAUCAUCCACCAUGUGAAGCGUCAGACGGGAAUCCAGAAAGAGGACAAGUACAAAAUCAAGCAGAUCAUGUAUCACUUCAUUCCAGACCUGCUGUUUGCUCAGCGAGGUGAACUCUCGGAUGUGGAAGAGGAGGAAGAAGAGGAAAUGGAUGUGGACGAAGCUACUGGGGCUGCAAAAAAGCACAAUGGCGUUGGGGGCAGUCCUCCCAAAACCAAGCUGAUGUUCAACAACACGACGGCCCAGAAGCUGCGGGGCAUGGAUGAAGUCUACAAUCUCUUCUACGUGAACAGCAACUGGUACAUAUUCAUGCGGCUGCACCAGAUCCUGUGCUUGCGGCUGCUGCGAAUCUGCACCCAAGCUGAGCGGCAGAUCGAAGAGGAAACGCGGGAAAGGGAGUGGGAGAGGGAAGUGCUGGGCAUAAAGCGAGACAAGAGCGACAGUCCUGCCAUCCAGCUGCGGCUGAAGGAGCCUAUGGACAUCGACGUUGAAGAUUAUUACCCGGCCUUCCUGGACAUGGUGCGCAACCUCCUGGAUGGGAACAUGGACUCGUCGCAGUACGAGGACUCCUUGCGCGAAAUGUUCACCAUUCACGCCUAUAUUGCCUUUACCAUGGAUAAGCUGAUCCAGAGCAUUGUUCGACAGCUCCAGCACAUCGUGAGUGACGAGAUCUGUGUGCAGGUAACGGACCUCUAUCUGUCAGAGAACAACAACGGAGCAACUGGAGGGCUUCUGGCUUCCCAGUCAUCUCGUGCUCUCCUGGAGGCCGCCUACCAGCGCAAAGCUGAGCAGCUCAUGUCAGAUGAAAACUGUUUCAAGCUGAUGUUCAUUCAGAGCAGAGGUCAGGUUCAGUUAACCAUUGAACUGCUGGACACUGAAGAAGAGAACUCUGAUGACCCUGUAGAAGCAGAGCGCUGGUCGGACUAUGUGGAGCGGUACGUCAACUCCGAUUCUACCUCCCCUGAGCUCCGGGAACACCUGGCCCAGAAACCGGUCUUCCUGCCAAGGAAUCUGAGGCGGAUCCGUAAGUGUCAACGUGGUCGGGAGCAGCAGGAGAAGGAAGGGAAGGAGGGAAACAGUAAGAAGUCCAUGGAGAACGUGGAGAGCUUGGACAAGCUGGAGUGUAAAUUCAAACUCAACUCCUAUAAGAUGGUGUACGUGAUCAAAUCGGAGGAUUACAUGUACAGAAGGACUGCUCUGCUGCGAGCUCAGCAGUCCCACGAAAGAGUGAGCAAGCGGCUGCACCAGCGGUUCCAGGCUUGGGUGGACAAAUGGACCAAGGAGCACGUACCCCGCGAAAUGGCAGCUGAGACAACCAAGUGGCUGAUGGGUGAAGGGUUGGAGGGCUUGGUGCCCUGCACCACCACCUGUGACACAGAGACCCUGCACUUUGUCAGCAUUAACAAGUACCGCGUCAAAUAUGGCACGAUAUUCAAGACGCCGUAGAACUGCCCCAGAGCGAGGGAAGAGCCCAGGCGAUGUGUGUGUGUGUGCGCGCAUCAAGGAGAGGAGGAGGAGGACGCCUUUCUCCCCUCACCGUGUAUUGCUGUAACAUGGCCACUUGACUAGUGCGUGGCUGGUACAGCCUGUCACCAGCGGGAUUCCCUGCAGGGACGCGGAUCGCCGCCAGCCCUUUGACAUCGGCACGUGUCCCCGGAGGGUGGGAAGGACCGUUCUCUGAACUGAGCCAUCCCAGAGAAACACAACGAGCUUGUACACACCAGCAGUGUUGAGGCCCUGAGCAGCAAGGGAAGAGAACCGCAGGAUCACCGGACCACUUGGAUGUGUCCUGAAAUCCCCAGGUGCCUGUCGCGACCGGAUUCUCCUCCCUCACCAGGCUGCUGUGUGGGGCGGUGGGGCAGCCCGUGGCCAGCUGACGGAGCGGACCCUGGGCUCCUCUCUCCUCCCUUCCAAGCUGGACUUGCCCUGUGCGGAUCGGUCUGUCCUUUCUAGUGCCAGUGGAACUGUUGAUUUCAUUUUUUUUUUUGUACCUGCUUGUUUACUAGUCUCUCCUAGUGCCAUGCACCAGCUCUUCACACACAUGUACGUACACACACACAACAGAACAACACGAUUUUAACAUGUUCCCCUCCUUUUUUUGUAAAUAAAUGUACAAAUUGUCAAUUUUUUUUUGUUUUUUUUUUCUUUUUCCUGUUUUGUUUGGGUUUUUUAUUAAAGGAAGUAUGCUUGAUGUGCUAGCAUAACUGUACUAGCUUCUUGUGUACCAUAGUACCAGGUGGCUUGAGAAUUAGUACCGACAGACAGACCGACGGAGACAUUUAUUACACUUUUUACCAAAGGGAGUUAUCAUUGUAGUGCUUUUGUGUGGAAGCUUUUUUUCUCCUUUUUUGUAAAUAAAAACCAAUGUCUUUGUUCUUAACUGGAGGAAGACACUUGCUCACCCACAGCCUUGUUCCUGGUCUGAAAGGCACCGUGUAGCAUGCAGUUUUGGGGAGGGAGCCAGGGCGCAUCCGACCAUUUUUAGGAUUGGCUUCACAAUCUGAGAGGAAAAAGCGGAGGCAGCGUGUGUGUGUUUUGCAGUUGAUGCGACCGAGGUACAAGCAGCAAGUUAAGAUAUAUAAAUAUAUAGUAUAUAAUUGUUAAUUUUUGUUUUUCCUGGUGGGUAAUUUUUAUCCACCUUGUCUUCCAGCUCCAAGGACCUUCGCUUUUGGGAAGUGUUGCUGAGCUACUUAGCUGGGGUUGAUUGUGCUGAUGUCUUCUUUUUUUUCCCUCUCAGUAUUGGAGAAAACAUCAUCGGAAGUUACCAAACCAGUGUUGGACAGAGCUGCUCUGCGUGUGUGUUUGUGUGCGGUGCGUGCGUGCGAGAGAAGAGGGCGAGGGGUGGGGGCGGGUCUCGGCGCAUUUCACUUGUGAAAUCCACAUAUGGGAUAUAUAUUUUUUUAAGUAGAGAAGUUUAGCGCUGGCAGAUAUUUAAAACACAGGGGAAAUUUCCGAUUUUAAAAAUAAAGAAGUCAGCACAGACUUCAUAAGCCACGACAGCCACAACUGCACUGUCUCUCCUCCUCAAAGGAGGCAGCUUUCCUUGCACAAACCCAUGCUGCCAGUCCUAAGUACCUAAAACAGCUUCCGUCGUCCUUGGCAGGGGAGCUUUCCUGCUCCUUAAACCUUUCCCAGGGAUUUAUUAUUUUUCCAAGACAGCAGGUUCUCUCCUGGCACCAGAGCUCCCCUCCCUUCUGCAGGCAGGGAGCUGGGAGUGGGCUCGGAAAGGGAUAUGCACCUCGCUGGUCCUUCUGCAGCCAGGAGAGCCAGGGUGGAAGUUCGCACUCCUUGGCAGUCAGAUCUUGAACAGGAGCCUCCUAUGGAGAGAGGGAAAGGGAGGGCAGAGCCCAGUGGGGAAUACUCACAGUUUGCCAGCAAUAAGUCACCCGUCUCCUUUCCUCCUUUGCUGUAAUCAGGCAGGACGGGGAGCUGCGUGUCCUCUUUCGCUUCAUAGGUCUCACGUCUGCUCCUCCGCUCUCUGUUUCCCUCCUUUAUUUUUCCUGUUGUAUUCUCAAGGUGAUCUGGAAGUAAAAAUCUGGGGUGAUUUAGACUUUUUGACCAGCUUGAAAGUAGCUGCUGCUGCUUGGUGGGUGUCUUGUCCCAGGAGCUGUGCCUGCAUGUCACUGAGCGCACGGGGGCUGGUGCCGAUCCCGGGAUACGCCACGGAGACUUUGGCCUCUGCCAUCCCAGCUCCACUCCCCGCCUGUACA